AUGGAAAAGGGGACCCAAGAUCCAGUUAACGGGGAGGGCGAUGUGGAGGCAUCGCCGGCGGUGUCAACUUUCCCGGCGUGGGCAAGAGAUGUGCGGGAGUGCGAGGAGGAGUUCAAGGUUUCGGCCGCGCGGGGGCUCUCAUCUGAUGAAGUCUUGGAGCGGCGGCAGAUCUACGGUUUUAAUGAGCUCGAGAAGCAUUCCGGUCCCUCAAUAUGGCAGCUGGUCCUCGAGCAAUUCAGUGACACUCUUGUUCGGAUCCUCCUUGUGGCCGCGGUUGUUUCCUUCGUCCUGGCUUGGUAUGAUGGAGACGAGGGAGGUGAGAUGGGGAUCACAGCCUUUGUCGAGCCUCUAGUGAUCUUUCUCAUUCUCAUCGUCAACGCAAUUGUUGGAGUAUGGCAAGAAAGCAAUGCCGAGAAGGCCCUUGAGGUACUUAAAGAGAUCCAAUCUGAGCACGCGACGGUGAGGCGAAAUGGGGAGUUGAUUCCAAAUCUGCCUGCUAAAGAGCUCGUGCCGGGAGAUGUCGUGGAGCUGAGAGCUGGGGAUAAGGUGCCUGCAGACAUGAGGGUUUUGCACCUGAUAAGCUCCACUGUGAGGGUGGAGCAGGGAUCUCUGACAGGAGAGACGGACGCCAUCAACAAGACACACCACAAGGUUGACUCGGAGGAUAUAGAAAUCCAAGGGAAAGAGUGCAUGGUAUUUGCUGGUACUACUGUUGUUAAUGGGAGCUGCGUGUGCUUGGUUACUGAAACAGGGAUGAAUACGGAGAUUGGGAAAGUUCAUUCCCAAAUCCAUGAAGCUUCCCAGAAUGACGAUGACACACCUCUGAAGAAGAAACUGAAUGAGUUUGGGGAGGUCCUCACAGCUAUAAUUGGUGUGAUUUGUGGUCUAGUUUGGCUCAUCAAUGUAAAGUACUUCUUUACCUGGGACUACGUUGAUGGUUGGCCGACGAAUUUCAAGUUUUCCUUUGAGAAAUGCACUUAUUACUUUGAGAUUGCGGUUGCUUUGGCCGUUGCCGCUAUCCCUGAGGGUUUACCUGCGGUUAUUACAACUUGUUUGGCUCUGGGGACCAGGAAAAUGGCUCAAAAAAAUGCACUAAUUCGAAAGCUUCCUAGUGUAGAAACUUUGGGCUGCACAACUGUUAUAUGUUCCGAUAAAACGGGCACCCUGACGACGAACCAGAUGUCUGUGGCAAGGCUUGUGGCAAUUGGACGCUGGACUGAUGCAGCACGGAGAUUCAAAGUGGAAGGGACAACAUAUGAUCCUCAUGAUGGUCUUAUUCAUGAUUGGCCAUUUGGCAAUAUGGACCAAAAUCUUCAGAUGAUUGCAAAGAUUGCUGCGAUUUGCAAUGACGCUAGUGUCACACAUUCUGGUCACCAGUAUAUUGCCAGUGGAAUGUCCACUGAAGCAGCUCUAAAGGUUAGUCUCUCCCUUUCUCCUUUGCUUUUCUAUUUCUAACGAAAAUGCUGUGAUUUUCUGUUUGUAAAUUUAAAUUUGUUUUUUUUUUUCAUGACUAAGAUAUUUGUUCUUAUUGCAAAGAUUCAACGUGGGACAAAGGGUGAUGUGUUUAUCUGUUCUUGGAGCUAGGAUCCUUUUACUUAGUCUACAACCGAGUAUCUCUUUAUUAAGACAUUUAUAGGAAAAGCUACGGCCACUUUUACUGUCUUCAGCCGGGUAUUUCUUCAUUACAAUAGAUUUUGGAAAAGCUACGGCCACGUUUUGAAGACAUAUACCUCAAGAAUCAUAGACGAAGAUCUUUUGGACUUGGAAAACCGAAAGUAGCUGAAAGUGUGUAGCACAUGGUAUCAUCUCGUGUGUUAUCCUUGUCCAGGGGAUGAUAUUUAUUCAAUAUCUUGUCACAGAAGGACAUGGGGUUGAUGAAUACAUAAAUAGAUGUUUUCCUGAAAGGAAAACUUUAAUCUGGAGAUUUGUUUUUCUACCACUUGAGGGACAGAUUUAAACCUGAAAUCAGUUGUGCCGACAUAUGUUUUUGUCAAACCCUGUUAUACCGUGUUCAUUUUUUAAAGGUUUUUUAGCAUAAAUACGGAAACCCCAGUAAAACCAGUUUCCCAUAAUUUUAAAGGCUAUUUCGAGAGGAAGGGAGAGAGAGAGUUCGAAUUUACGUCUGAAAACUGCGGAUGAUUUUUUACUUUACAUGGACAUGAUUUGGUUGAUAUUUUACGAGCACCUUUUAUCCAUUCGUGUGCAAUCAUACUUACAUUGCCAUCAUGAGUUGACUUUCAUGCUUGCAUUGUUGACAGUAAUCAUAUUUUCGCGGAUUUUUCUUCAUUUUUCUAAUGCAUAUCUCACCCAAUGGUGGUUUCGUUUUUCUUGAAUCAGGUUUUAGUGGAGAAAAUGGGAUUGCCCGUGGGAUCUGAUAACUCACACAUGCAAUCUACUGAAGUACUACGUAUGUUUACAUCUUGUUUACUUGUUUUUCUGUGCAUUUGCUUUCCGUCUCUUGAUUUGUCUUAUUUUUAUGAACACGAAUUUGUUUGUCAUUGUACUCAUCACUUUUUCCUUUAAUAUUUUCUUGUAAAUUAAGGUUGCUGCCAGUACUGGAAUUCAGUUGAACGUAGGGUUGCGACCCUUGAGUUUGACAGAACACGCAAGUCCAUGGGAGUAAUUGUGAGAUCAGAAUAUGGAAGCAAUAUGUUGUUAGUUAAGGUAGUGCUUUUUCGUCCUGUCUACACAAUUGCAGUUACAAUUGAUGCUGUCUUUUGUGGUCCUGGUCAGAAAUCUUUGAAAAAUGCAUGUUUAGAUUGAUGAGCAUUUUGAAAGGUUUAUGUAAUUCAAAACAUGUACGUUGACCGAAGAAAUGCCUUUUUUUUUAUUGUGGUCUACAUUUUAUUAAUGAAGUUUGAUUUUGAUGCCUUUGGACACGUUUUCAUGGAGAAAUUUAUUUUACUUCGUGAUUUUUGCUUCCUAAUUUUGAAUGCUCCGACCUGUAAAUUUUUUUUGUUGUCAUUGCCUUGACACAAUGCUACCAUUGGUGGAUGAUGAUGGGAUAUUAUGCUUGUUUGAUUUUGAUUAAUUGUAAACAGUUCGUUUACAAUUAACACGACAAAAAUGACAAAGAAAUUCGUUUUUGAGCUAAUGCAUCUAAUGUUAGUUCUGUUUAAAUGUUGUCUUUGUGAUUCUCAAGAAUCACUUUUAGUUUAGCUAUGUUGAACCUUGUAGUUCAUUGUUUGGAACUUGCAACUUGUUUAGGUAAAUUACCUCUUGAGAUUUUUCUUUUAGAAGAAUCUAGUAGUGUUUGUUGACAUGGUAGCCGAAAGUGUCAAUAUUAUGGACUGGUGGAAAAUGGGCACAACCACAUUGAAUAGGAACUGUUGAGAAUAGAGAAAAAACCUCGUGACGAAGGACAGGGGAGAACGGCCGAAACCGCCUCAAGAUUCAUUCAACUGUAACCCCCAUUAUAUAGGGAGUAAUGAUACACAACUUUUACCAAAACACCCUUAACUAAUUACACUAUUUCCCUACAGCCUAGAACUUCGAACACUCCCCCUCAAGAUGAACUUUGAAAAAUUCAUCUUGACUAAAUUGGUGAUGAAAAAAAAUCUUGCCCUCUGAACAUUCACUUGUUGGUGAUGACAAAGAUCUGUUGUCGCAGCAACUCUCACUUUGAUGGUAAUCACAGAUGGCCACCACUGAGGUUGUGGAUUUGCCAACACCUUUGGCUCCUCUGAUGUUGUCAUGCCCCAAAGACAGCACACCAUGAAUAUGAUAGCACCAAACACCUCUGACAUGUCCCAAGGCUGUAGAGCCUCAUUCUUUUGACCACCCAAUGCCUUGGCCAAACCAUCGACCUCCACAAUCUUCUGUGCAGCGAAAGUCAACCAUGACUUGAUUUCAUCGUCCAACUUAGUCUUAUUAAUGAAGUCCACGGUAGUAUGCAGGAGCGAGCAUGAGAUAGAAACAACAAGCUUGCCUUUGCCUACAAUGGCCUCAAGAGAUCCAAGAAUGCUGAGGGAAGCAGCGAGGUCAUUAGCCCAAAUAUUCCUUCUGUCAACAACUCCUGCGAACGGUAUUUGUUGGCAGGGAAGUCGCUCUUAAUCAAGUCCAGCGUUUUGGUUCCACGGACAAGAUCAAACCCAAAUCCAGAGAUGCCACUCAAGCUCGUCAGAGUCUUGUAUGCUGCUUCCUUAAGCUCAGCAAUGACUUCCUUGUAUACAGGGAGAACAUUUGGCAGCAAAGAAAGAGGAGAGAAGGAUUUCUCAACUCUUUUUGCUGGCUUUGAGAGCGAUAGGUAAGUCACAGGUCCAAUGAGCACUGGAACAGUAUCCACCCCAAGCGCCUUGGCCUCUUUAUACUCAGACACAACCUUGUGGGAACCAUAGGAGAACUUUGUGUUUGGCCCAAGUUCAGGGACGAUGAAAUGGUAGUUAGUGUCGAACCACUUGGACAUCUUCAUAGCAGGCAGAGUGGCAUUACCCCUAGCCAUGGAAAAGUAGAUGUCAUGUCCAAUCUCUCCACCAGUGUAACGAUAUCUGUCAGGAACGGCCCCAAGCAUUGCCGUGGUGUCAAGCACCUGGUCGUAGAAUGAGAAGGUGUUGCUGUGGAUGUAUUUGAUCCCAGCAUCAGGCGUCUGCUUCCAGAUGGAGGACCUCAGAUCAGCAGCAACUUUUUGCAGAUCCUCAGUAGCAACUUUCUGCAGAUGGAGUCAUGAGGUAGUUGACAGGGUGGCACCAAGCAUGCGGAGAGUAUUCCUCUGCUUGGAGAUCCGCGUAGUGCCAAGAUCUGAUGCAAAGGCUUUCACCUAUGACGAUUGAUGUGAUGAUGGGACUUAGCUCUCAGGAGAGGUGUAGCCCAGUUACCCUUCCACCGAUCGAGUAAUGAACUCGCAAAGGAACUGGAAGUGAAGACCAUUUCGAUGAAAGCAGAGGUGAGCAGACAACACCAAACAACAUAGACUGUAGCAAAGUGGACUGUGGAGAACCUUAGACUAGGGAAGACAUAGAACUGAUGCUGAAUAGAGGGAGACAGACUGAGGAGGACAGAGUACGACACUGAAUUGAGACAAGCGUGGAUAAGAGGUUGAUUUUACCUCUCAUAAAAUGUUGAUGAGGUGGAAACAACGGUAAUGGACCUAGAUAUUUAUUCAGCCUCUAGACAGAAGACUUUAUGCAGACAGAAAUGAUGGCAAUGAAUUUGAAGAUGUCGCUGACGAACCUGCUACUGAUGAACUCAAAUACACUGUCAAAUGACGGAUGAAGAUCAGUGCUCUCUUGUCGUAGAACUACCUCGCUGGUAGAGAACCUCGCCGGAAGAGGAGAUGACAGUGAACUCGUCGUCCUAGAUUAGAGGACUGAUGAAAGUAUAACCGCUCUAAAUGGCGGAAGGAAAACCUGCUCGAAAUGGCAGGAUAUUACAUCACGCCUUUAAACGGCGGAAAGAUAACAAGCCUCCAAUGGCGCAAUAAGUGCAUCAAGAUGAUGCCAGAAAGAAACUCGGCAGAGGCGGAAGGCCUCGCUGGAAAGACACUCAGUAGAGGCAGAGUGCCUCGCCGAAAAGAUACUCAGCAGAGACGGAAUGCCUCGCCGAAAAGGUACUUGGCAGAGGGGUAAGGCCUCGCCGGAAGGAUACUCCGCAGAGGCGGAAGACCUCGCCGGAAGGAUACUCAACAGAGGUGGAAGGCCUCACUGAACAAAGAGGGGUUUGAAACCCUAACCUGUAACCUGUCUGUCGCCAGCUGUUAGUGGUGGCGUCGACGCUCCCCUAGACAAGCGACGUCGAGCAGAACCGACGCGGAACAGAGCUGGCAGCAGCAGCAGUGGUGCUCCCUCAGGUAGGAGACGCCAAACAGAGACAGCAGCAACAGUGGUGGAGGCGAUGGUGCUCCCCGAGAUGACAGAAGUCGGACAGAGCCGACGAACCUUAGCGGAACGAAUCUGGUUCUGAUACCAUGUUGAAAAUGGAGAAAAAACCUCGUCACGAAGGACAGAGGGGAAAACUCUCAACUAAUUACACUAUUUCCCAAGAGGAACCAAUACGUUUCUCCUAAUUCUUGUCUUAGGAGCUUUUGAAGUUUCUAUGAUUAUUGCUAAAUUCAUUUCUUCUGUAGUUUGAAGGUGAUCAUCCACAAAGUGUGAGGCGUUCCAGGUUGAAUCAUAAAAAAACUACUCUUGGAUUUUUGCUUCUGCUCCCUGCAUUUAUAUUCCUCUAUCUAUAUUACCUUAUUACUAUCUUUUUUUAGUUUUUUUUUUGUGAUUGUGCUUGUGCUUGUUAUAUAAUUUCGUGGCCGUUAUUGUGAUUCCUUUUCAUUUGAUGUUUAUCCCAUCUGCUAUCCACUCAUGUUUCAUGACCUUUGGCAGGGAGCUGUAGAAAACUUACUAGAGAGGAGCACCCAUAUUCAGUUGCUUGACGGUUCUGUUGUGAGGUUGGAUGAAACCUCAAGGAGCCUCGUUCUUGAAGAACUUCUCGACAUGUCAUCAAUUGCUUUGAGGUGUUUGGGUUUUGCAUACAAGACUAACCUUUCAGAAUUUGCUGACUAUGAUGGAGAGAAUCAUCCGGCUCAUAAGCUUUUACUUGAUCCAGCAAAUUAUUCAUCAAUAGAGAGUAACCUUAUUUUUGUAGGCCUGGUUGGGCUGAGGGUACGGAUGCCUCUUUUUUUUUUUUUUUUUGGGCAUUUGUGGCGCUUCUGGUUCCUUUAUGGCAUGAUUUAGAGUCUUUCUUCAUACCCGACUUGCUAAUCUCUGUAGGAUCCUCCUCGAGAAGGUGUUGACAGGGCAAUUGAGGAUUGCAGAGCAGCAGGCAUAAGGAUUAUAGUUAUAACAGGAGACAAUAAGGACACGGCAGAGGCAAUUUGCCGUGAGAUUGGUGUAUUCGAGCCCAAUGAAGACAUUAAGUCAAAGAGUAUUACAGGAAAAGAAUUCAUGUCUCUUCCUGAUAAAAAACAGUACUUUAGUCAACCGGGUGGACUCCUUUUCUCUAGGGCUGAACCAAAACAUAAGCAAGAGAUAGUGAGAUUACUCAAAGAAGAAGGUGAGGUGGUUGCAAUGACAGGUGAUGGUGUGAAUGAUGCCCCUGCUUUAAGAUUGGCGGAUAUCGGUAUUGCGAUGGGCAUAGCCGGGACUGAGGUUUGUUUUGUCUCAUCGUAAUAACCUUAUAUGACUAUUUUAAAGAACUGAUGUAUGCUCUUUCAUCCCUUGUUGAAUGAUGUUAUUUUUAGUAAUAUUCAUUCAUUACGUUUCUAUCUAAUGUCCACAGCUUUUGUAUUUUUUUUCUGAACAUUAUCGAGUUAUCAUCUUUUCAAAAAUGAAAAUUCGGUCUAAAUCAUGCGAUCUCAUUCGGACCUUCUGAUUCUGAUCUGCAUUGGACGGUGACAAAGAUCUCUGGGCCUUUGGGCCGUUGACUCUUGAGUCGGCUAGAUCUUGACCCUUCAUAUCAUUGGACCUUUCUCCUGUUUGUUUAUGCAUCACGGUCAGAGUCCAGAUCAUCUUCUAGCCAUCUGACGUUACGCUUUCUGCCAACAGCCCAGUGGCUUCCCCCAUGGCUUCAGCAGAUGCAUAUGUGUACUGGUGAUCUUUGGGUUUGGACUCCAUAUCAGAUAGACAGUCUAGACUAGUAAAGGUUUUCGGCAGUGGGAUCCGAUUAGUAUGUAUCCACAGGCUUUGAAUCUAUUGGGUUCCUGCGAAAUUUUAUUUUUUCGGCAUUGACUAAAAAUUAUGCAAGGUUCUCUAUCUAUUCUGUUCAAUUGAAAUUAUGUCAUUCAGUGAAGUUCUUCCAAGAUUCCUGUUUGUUCUCUCUCUCUCUCUCUCUCUCUCCAAUAAUGUUGGAUGUUAACUUAUCUUUGCAGGUUGCGAAAGAAGCUUCUGACAUGGUUUUAGCCGACGACAAUUUCAGUACCAUAGUUUCUGCGGUCGCAGAAGGAAGAUCCAUUUACAACAAUAUGAAAGCCUUCAUUAGGUUGGUCCCUUUGGGCUAUUUUUUCUUCUCUCUCUCUCUCUCUCUCUUUCCUUCUCGUGUCUUUUAACGCCUACUUUCGCUUAAGAAACUCUGUCAUUCGUAAUGAUAAAAGUAGUUGUGGUGUUCCGAUAUGUAUGCCUUCCGCCCUAAUUAGUUUCUCUCUCUCUCUCUCUCUCUCUCUCUCUCUCUCUCUUUCUGCAUGUGCUGGGUGUCUCUUGUUGUCUAUAUUUUUUUUAGUUUAUUGCCAGUCGAUGAUUAUUUUUCGAUUGCCAUGCAGAUACAUGAUAUCGUCCAAUAUAGGGGAGGUGGUCUCCAUAUUUUUGACGGCGGCCCUGGGCAUCCCCGAAGGAUUGAUACCCGUUCAGCUUCUGUGGGUCAACCUCGUCACAGAUGGGCCCCCUGCGACGGCACUCGGAUUCAACCCUCCCGACAGAGACGUCAUGGAGAAACCUCCUAGACGCAGCAACGACUCCCUCAUCAGCCCGUGGAUUCUUUUCCGUUAUCUGGUAAUUACACCCUCCCCUCUCUCUCUCUCUCUCUCUCUCUCUCUCUCUCUCUCUCUCUGCCCUCCUUAUGUCUAGUGACUACUCUCACUACCACCUUCUCAUUAAUGGGUAAUACCCACUCUCUCCCUCAUGUCUAGUGGCUACUCUCUCUCUCUCUCUUUCCCUCAUGUCUAGUGGCUACUCUCUCUCUCUCUCCUUCCCUCAUGUCAAGUGGCUACUCUCACUACCACCUUUUCAUCAAUGGGUAACACCCUCUCUCUCUCUCUCUCUCCCCCCCCUCAUGUCUAGUGGCUACUCUCACUACCGGGUAAUACCCUCUCUCUCCCUCUGUCUCUCUGCCCCUCAUGUCUGCUGGCUGCUCUCACUACCACCUUCUCGUCAAUGGGUAAUACCCCUCUUCGCUCUCUCUCUCUCUCUAACUGCUUGCUGACGAUGGGGCGGCGCAGGUCAUCGGGCUGUACGUGGGCAUUGCGACGGUGGGGAUCUUCGUCAUCUGGUACACGCAGGGGUCGUUCCUGGGCAUCGAGCUGACCGGCGACGGCCACACCCUCGUCUCCUACUCUCAGCUCUCCAACUGGGACCGCUGCGCCUCCUGGCAGGGCUUCCAACCCUCCCCCUUCACCGCCGGCGCCAGACUCUUCUCCUUCGACGCCGACCCCUGCGACUACUUCCGCGCCGGUAAAGUCAAAGCCACCACCCUCUCCCUCUCCGUCCUCGUGGCCAUCGAGAUGCUCAACUCCCUCAACGCCCUCUCCGAAGACACCAGCCUGUUGACCAUGCCCCCCUGGGUCAACCCCUGGCUUCUCCUCGCCAUGGCCGUCUCCUUUGGCCUCCACUUCCUCAUCCUCUACAUCCCCUUCCUCGCCCAAGUCUUCGGCAUCGUCCCCCUCUCCCUCAACGAGUGGCUCCUGGUUCUGGCCGUGUCCUCCCCGGUCAUCCUCCUAGACGAGAUCCUCAAGCUCGUCGGGCGCCUCACGGCGGCCCACCGCCACCGCCGCCGCCGCCCUAGCAAGCUCAAGGACCACUGA